AUGGCGUCUUCACAUGAGAUGGAGACGGAUCCCCUGCAGAUCUCUUCCACUUCUGCCUCCGACGAAGCUGCUGCCGCUGUGCAGGCACCGGAUGAUCAGGUUCAGGCUAUCGCCGCCAACAUGAGCAAUCAAGCCCAAACACGGGUUCAGGCCAUUGAGCAACAGGCGCAAGCUAUGGUUUCGGAGGUUUCCGUUGAAGCUUCGAGGCAACUAGCUGUGGCAAAUGAAACCAUUGCUAGCUUGAAGCAACAAAACGAGAUGUUAGCUCGACAACAGCAGGAGCUUUACAGUCAGAUUGCAACGUUGCAAAGCAUCGUAGCGGAAGUGAAGGCUGGUGCUGUAAAUACGAGUGCUACAAGUAAAGGUAUCGGGAUUGGUGCGGGUUUUGCGCCCGCCAUUACACCCAUCGCUGGGUCGCCGGGCCCUCCACCGCCUCCUGAGCCUGAGAUCUUCGACAUAGGGGAUCCCGAGGAAGGUGAGGAAGAACAGGUUGAUGAUGAUCCCAUUGUUGAGCCGCGAGCCGCCGGUAACAAUGAUCGGGGUUAUGAUGGUGGUGCUGAUGCUCAGCCUCCUGAUGGAAAUGAGGAAGAGGACUAUGAAGCAGCUACUUAUAAGUAUAAGGAUCUUAAGGACCUGAAGAUGCCACAGCUUCCAAAGGAUAGUGUGGGUUUCCGAUCGUGGCGCAACGCGCUGCUGACGCAGUACUCUGCCAUUGAUCGCACGGGCCAAGCUAGGAUUCUUAGAUGGCUGCAGGUAUGCAUUAGAACAGAGGUGACAAACCGCGAGAUUGCACAGCUCCAGAACAAUCCUGAUCAGCUCCCACGGUUAGACUCAUUCCUUGCAUCGCAGAUUUCGGAUUCGAGGUACAUGAAAGGGGAGUUCGGGCUUGAAGUGCAGGCGUACAUUGAGAGGGCGCACGCACAUGGGGUUUUGCCAUCCGGUCGAGCGAUGAUUGCAAUGCUUUCGCGCAGGUUUCGCGUAGAUCGGGUGAGAGGUGCUACGGUCACACAGCAAACACUGUUGGCUGUAACGUUGGACGGAUUCUCUUACAAUCAGAUGUUGACUUUCAAAGAAAGAGUCGAAUACAUUCUGAAUGGGAUAGCCCCUGAGCACUGGCCGUCUGACGCGACCUUGUUUUCGAGAACGUUCGGAUGGCUCUGGGAGCAAUUCUCAGAUCACUUAGCAGAGCUGCGUGAAGAUGCCAACGAGCGUCAGGAUGCUAAUGCAAAGACAAAGUUGAAUGCAACAGCAGUUCCCGCAAAGGACACCGCCGUUCCAGCAGCGCCCGGAAAGCCUCCCAAAGGGGCACCAAAAGGCUGCUCGGUGGCUAUCACAGGCCCGCUGCCUGCCGCUCUCUCCAUUGCUGACCACUUGCAGCUGCUGCAGGAGGCGGCCGCCUUUGAGGAACCUGAUCCCUUAGGCCCUAAUCCCGACCAGGACCUGCUGCUCAGGUUCCCUUGCCGGGCCCUGUGCCCCGUCUUCCAGUCCCCUCUUCUCGGGCUGAACUGGAAAGGUGAGGACCGCAUCCGCCGGGCUUGGCGAGCUGCGGCGAGCUGGAGUUGGUUCCGUAACCAGUCUCGGCAGAUACUCGUGUACGAACACCCAGCGGCCGAUGGCGAGGGAGUGCUGGAGAGCAUGGCGGCAGCUGUACUCAAGAGGGACAUGGGUUUCUUGUUGGCUCUUCCUUGCGGCUUGCUAGAGGAUUCGGAGAUAGCUGCUGGUUUGGUGGCCACCAUCGAUUCGCCGCUGGGUCCGACCACCGUGGUCGACAUCCCAGCGGGCAGCUUCUCAGGAGAGACUUUCGUGCCCGCCGGGCGAACGUGCCAGGUGACACUCGCAGACUUAUCUGUGGAGGCUUUGUCCCGUGUGGGCCCUUUCGAGCACGAUCAGCCUCCAGAGGUCAUGCUUACUUUCGACCCCGCCUCUCCCGAGUUGGUACCCGAGCCGCAGGCUCUCUUGACAGCAGCCCAGGCAUGGAUAUCCGACCCCAGCGCAGCCGCCUACGAGCGGGUUACUUUCUACUCUGCCGACGAGGCUCCUGCACCAAUGACGGGAAAGGCCCGCCCCGUGCUGCACUUAACUCGGCCCCAAAAGGCCACCACAGCUCAGCAGGGGGGCGCCAUUGGAAACACCGGGCCCUCUGCCGCGCCACCGGACAAGCCAAAGAAGCCGUCGAUGGCAGGGCUGUCGGCCCAACUGGACACUCUGUGCGCAACCUUGCCGGCCCUCACCAGCAAGCUAGCCGAGGUGGAUCAGAAGCAGCAGGAGAUGGCAAACCUGAUUGCAGCAGGAGGUGCUGGACCUCUCCGACAGCCGUUGGGAGGGGCCGCUUCCUCUCUGGGGGCCUCGGCAAAGGCUCCAGCCCCUUUGGCUGCACGAUUGGGCCCUCCGCCGGGCACGCGCCUACCCGCUGCCGAGCCGCUGGUUUCCACACUGGACGAAGCCCAGGAGGCCGAGGAAGCGCUGGACACCGGAGGUUCAAGCGACCCUUUGGCCCGUGCAAUGUUGCUGCAGUCCCAAGCCUUGACAUCACUUGUGCAGCAGCUAGCGGCUGCAGGAGGGGAUGGUUCUCUCGAGCCCUCCGUCGCUGGUGCCCUAGGCGUGCGAGGUUCAGCCCAACGGGCGAAAUUACAGGAGGAACUUGCGCAGGGAAAGGGGGCUUUCUUCCAACAGGUGACGCAGAAUAUCGCUCGCCGAAUGAUGCCCUCCCAGUCCCUCUCGUCUUCGCCUGCCGAGCUGCUCACCCAGGGUGUGUCGAUGAGCCGUUACCUCGAGAGGUUUGGAGGAUGGGCAAAUUCCCGCGAUCUCGGCCUCCUGGCCUACCAAGUGGGCUUGAUUUUCGAUGCCUUGCUAGCAGACCGAACCGAUCUGGCCCGAGAUCACGUGGCACUUCUUGCCACCUGCCUCGAACAGGCGGCGCUGGACCACGGCCGCAUGGAGGUAGCAUACCAGCUGACCCUCCUAGAAGAUCCCCCAUCUUCAAUGUUUCUUGCGCGCAGCGGCCCCACUGCAAGAGGGCGAGCAUUUGCACCAAUGGCAUCGCAGAGGUGGGUGUCGGUGGUGCUGGCCCACUUGCGCGAGCUCGACACGAUUCAGGCUCGCAGGGCGGAGCAUGCUCGCCCCGGACGACCGCCGCCUCAACCCACGGGCGAUGCUGCCAAGGACGAAGAGGAUUCGCCGCCACCUCGGCGCCGGCCGCCGAAAAAGAAGUGA